GUCUCCCGCACAGUUUAAUUCCUUGUCCUACACCGUGUAGGGCAAUUUCCUCUUUGAAAAAUCCAGUGAAGUCCUCUCAGCGAGCAGCUCCCCCUGUCUCUCGUUCGCCGCCGCAGUCUCGUCAUCUCCAAGUGCCAUCGAAACACCACUUUUCACUCUUCUAGUCUCCAGAAAACUCUUGUUCUCUUUUGACUCAUAUAUGUUGUCUAUAAAACCCUAACCCAUUCACAUUUCAUCAGAUCUCCAAAUUCUGCAAUUUUUAGCAAUUGCAAGUUUGCAACUUCAAAUCCAAUCCAAUCUUUCUUGGAUCAUCCCAAGCCAACCCAUCUCUAUAUUAAAGUAUUUCUCCUCUUAAUUUGAAGUCAAAUUUAACAACAAACCUUUUCUAUUUGCAUCUCUCUACCAAAAUCUGUGCUUCUUUUCUGGCCAGACUGGCAAAAUUAGUCCAAGGAGAAGAAGAGCGAUCAGCAAGAAAGAGCAAUCAGUAGAAUGGCAACCCAACGGUUCCUGCAACUUCCACAGGCUAUAACCAUGGACAUCCUCUCAAGGCUCUCUGUCAAGACCCUUUUCAACUGCAGGUGCGUGUGCAAAGCGUGGCUUUCUAUAAUCUCUGACCCUCAGUUUACUCAUCUCCACGCUUCAAGAUCACCCUUUGGCAUCUUGAUCGAGACCUUCCCCCCUCCCCAUCUAACAAAACCAAUGGAACUUUAUUUUACCCUUCUGGAAGUAGAAGCAUGUGCUGCUCCUGGUUCAGAUUUGCAGCUCGAGGAAAUAACGUUUUCUCCCGGAAAUACUCUACCACCAGUUGACGCCGCCAUGCCCGAAUUUCGCUUGAUAAACUCAUGUAAUGGUCUGCUUUGUUUUGGAGCUAAUGAAGGCUUUCCCCUGUAUGUGUGCAACCCUGUUUUGGGCGAGUACAUCACCAUUCCAACUGCUAAUAGAAACGACAAGUGGCUUAUUGUUGGACUUGGUUUUAGCAUCAGGACCAAUGUGUACAAGGUGUUUCAGUUGAACAACCCGGACACUGAGGCUAAGAUUUACACCAUUGGCGCAGGAGGGGCAUGGAGAAGCAUUGGACCUCCUCCUCCUGGGGAUUUUAAUAACUUAUCGUUCAAUAAUUUUCUUCAUGGAGCUGUUCAUUGGAUUCCCUAUGGUGGCAGAAGUACAAGUUCCAAGGUUAUACAAUCUUUCGACUUUGAAAGAGAACAAUUUCGGCCAUUAUCACUACCUAGUUUGCUAGCACAGAAUGAAUUUCUGUAUAGUUUGACAUUGGAAGUGAUAGAAGGUUGUCUCCAUCUAUGUGUGCUCGAGGAUGAUGCUAGCAAACUGGACAUGUGGGUUAUGAAGGAGUAUGGUGUCCAAGAGUCUUGGACUAAAAUUCUUACUUUCGAAAACCUGUUUGGUCUUUGGACGGAACGAAUCUGUGAUAGGUAUAAUCCAAUUAUGUUUUUGAGCAAUGGGGAAAUCCUGAUGUUCUACAACUUUGAGCGUGUAGUUUGUUAUAAUCAAGAACAAAAGAGCUUCAGAAAAAUAAAGAUUCCUUCGACUAAAAAGUGGUCAUUUCAGCCAAUUGCUUACAGUCCAUCCUUUCUUUCGCUAUACGAUGUUGCAAAAGGAGAGGACGUGAAGAGAAAUGCAAAAAUUGUGUCCCAAAGGUACCUGCAACUUCCACAGGCUAUAGUCAUGGACAUCCUCUCAAGGCUCUCUGUCAAGACCCUCUUCAACUGCAGGUGCGUGUGCAAAGCGUGGCUUUCUAUGAUCUCUGACCCUCAGUUUACUCAUCUCCAUGCUUCAAGAUCACCCUUUGGCAUCUUGAUCGAGACCUUCCCCCCUCCCCCUCUAACAAAACCAAUGGAACUUUAUUUUACCCUUCUGGAAGUAGAAGCAUGUGCUGCUCCUGGUUCAGAUUUGCAGCUCGAGGAAAUAACGUUUUCUCCCAGAAAUACUCUACCACCAGUUGGCGCCGCCAUGCCCGAAUUUCGCUUGAUAAACUCAUGUAAUGGUCUACUUUGUUUUGGAGCUAAUGAAGGCUUUCCCCUGUAUGUGUGCAACCCUGUUUUGGGCGAGUACAUCACCAUUCCUCCUGCUAAUAGAAACGACAAGUGGCUUAUUGUUGGACUUGGUUUUAGCAUCAGGACCAAUGUGUACAAGGUGUUUCAGUUGAACAACCCGGACACUGAGGCUAAGAUUUACACCAUUGGCGCAGGAGGGGCAUGGAGAAGCAUUGGACCUCCUCCUCCUGGGGAUUUUAAUAACUUAUCGUUCAAUAAUUUUCUUCAUGGAGCUGUUCAUUGGAUUCCCCAUGGUGGCAGAAGUACAAGUUCCAAGGUCAUACAAUCUUUUGACUUUGAAAGAGAACAAUUUCGGCCAUUAUCACUACCUAGUUUGCUAGCACAGAAUGAAUUUCUGUAUAGUUUGACAUUGGAAGUGAUAGGAGGUUGUCUCCAUCUAUGUGUGCUUGAGGAUGAUGCUAGCAAACUGGACAUGUGGGUUAUGAAGGAGUAUGGUGUCCAAGAGUCUUGGACUAAAAUUCUUACUUUUGAAAACCUGUUUGGUCUUUGGACGGAACGAAUCUGUGAUAGGUAUAAUCCAAUUAUGUUUUUGAGCAAUGGGGAAAUCCUGAUGUUCUACAACUUUGAGCGUGUAGUUUGUUAUAAUCAAGAACAAAAGAGCUUCAGAAAAAUAAAGAUUCCUUCGACUAAAAAGUGGUCAUUUCAGCCAAUUGCUUACAGUCCAUCCUUUCUUUCGCUAUACGAUGUUGCAAAGGCAGAGGACGUGAAGAGGGUUGGCAGCAGUAAGAGAUAUAACAAGCUGCCUGUUUGAUGAAUCGAGUUAUGAUUGUACUGCUUUUGAAGAGGCUCUUCCUAACGCCAAAAAUUCCUCUCUGGAUUUGAAUCGGAGGAUUGGGACUGCAUGAUUUCUUCAGAGGAAAAAGGGGGGCUUUUUUUUGUUACUUGGCUUUAGCCAUCAGGGGAAACUCUGCGUCUAUAGACCAAAAUGCCUUUGAUAGCUUGUCUAGAACAAAGUGAUUGAAACCCCUUGUUAAAACUUUUGAUUCUAAUUAG